GCCCGAGCCGCGCUCGGCCCGCGUCCGCCUGGCCCGCCAGUGCCCCGGAGCGCGCGGUUCCGCUAGCGCCGAGUUCCGCGCGCCGGACCGAGGUGGCCGCGGCGGCGGCGGCGGCGACGGGAGCCCUGGGUGCUGUGUUCAAGGUGUUCGUUAUGAAGUUAUUAGUAAUACUUUUAUUUCUGGGACUUCUCAGCGGUUGUAGAGGUAACUCUUCCUAUAGCUUGACACCCCAGUUACUCCUGGUGUCCUUUGAUGGAUUUAGAGCCGACUACCUGCAGAACUAUGACUUUCCUCACCUCCAGAACUUCAUCAAAGAAGGUGUCCUGGUGGAACAUGUUACAAACGUUUUUAUCACAAAAACAUUUCCAAACCACUACAGCAUCGUCACUGGCUUAUAUGAGGAAAGCCAUGGCAUUGUAGCCAACUCCAUGUAUGAUGAGGUCACAAAGAAACAUUUUUCUGAAACAAAUGAUAAGGAUCCAUUUUGGUGGGAUGGGGCAGUGCCUAUCUGGGUGACCAAUCAGCUCCAAGAAAACAGAUCAAGUGCUGCUGCUAUGUGGCCUGGUACUGAUGUGCCCAUUCACAAUACCACACCUUCCUAUUUUAUGAAUUACAGCAGCUCGGUGCCCUUUGAGGAGAGACUAAAUAAUGUUGCCGAAUGGCUCAGCAGUUCCAACCCACCAGUCACCUUUGCAAUGCUCUACUGGGAAGAACCAGAUGCAAGCGGCCACAGGUACGGGCCUGAAGAUAAAGGAAACAUGAGCAGGGUAUUGAAAGAAAUAGAUGGCCUUGUUGGUGAUCUUGUUCAAAGACUCAAGGUGUUAGGACUGUGGGAAAACCUUAAUGUCAUCAUCACGAGUGACCAUGGGAUGACGCAGUGUUCUGAGAACAGACUGAUACAUUUGGACUCCUGCCUGGACCAUUCAAACUACACGGUUAUAGACCUCACCCCUGUGGCUGCCAUUCUCCCCAAAAUAAAUGUAACGGAGGUUUAUGACAAGCUGAAGCACUGUAGCCCUCACAUGACUGUUUAUCUCAAGGAAGAAAUUCCUGACAGGUUUCACUACCAGCACAAUGAUCGCAUCCAGCCGAUUAUUUUGGUUGCUGAUGAAGGCUGGACAAUCGUACUAAAUAAGUCAUCAUUGAAGUUAGGUGACCAUGGCUAUGACAAUUCUCUGCCGACUAUGCAUCCAUUUCUUGCCGCCCAUGGUCCUGCUUUUAGAAGAGGUUACAAGCAGAGCACCAUGAACACGGUGGAUAUCUACCCAAUGAUGUGCCAUAUCCUGGGACUGAAACCACAGCCCAAUAAUGGAACGUUCAGCCACACCAAGUGCUUGUUAGUGGACCAGUGGUGCAUUAACCUCCCAGAAGUCAUUGGGAUUGUUGUCAGCGCACUGUUGGUGUUAACCCUGCUAACAGGCCUCAUGAUAUUCAUGCAGAACAGAACGCCUGCCUCCCGUCCGUUUUCCCGCCUUCAGCUGCAGGAGGAUGACGAUGAUCCUUUAAUUGGGUAGCCCAUGGUGUCUUACUAAUAUCAAAACUAAGGAUCCGUGCAAGGAAUGGUGUUACAACCAUAGAAAGAUAUAUGUCAAAAGGGAAGACAGACAUGCUGAAAGUACUCUGUUUUGUUUUGUUUUCUCUCAUGUCUCAUUUUGGUGUGUUGCCCGAUGUAAAUGACCCUGACACUAGUAGAUUGCUGGCAGACCAGUUAAAAGCACCUGCUUCACUAACAAGAAGUAGCCUUGGAGAAAAUACUCUGGUUUCUUUCUUUCUUUUUCAAUAAAUAUCUAACUUUAAGUGAAAAUAUACUAUAAUUUAAUAGGCAUGCUCUUCUAAUAGAUUUAUAUAUUUGUAAAUGACACAAAGAUAUUUAUGUAAAUUGUGAAUUUUGUGUACCCUGGAGAAAAAGUUGACUAUAUUUUUAUAUUUGCCUUUAAGUAGUGUAUAUCCCAAGAAAACCCUUGAAGUAGGAAAUUCUGUGAUGGGUAAUAAAUUGAUUAGCCACAUAGUAUAGCUGUAACAUACAAAGAAAUCAUUUUAAGUAAAGCUGCUAAAAACAAACAAAAACCAACUAAGACUAUGUAAUAGGAAGUCUGACCUUGUUAAGACCUUUAGCUGUUGACACCCCAGAAGUUGUGUCCUUGGAGCUGGGCAUGGUGGUGAACACCUGAAGGCCAAAUAGUUGGGCGGGUGAGGCAGGGACUUUGUUUGUUUUAGUUACAUUUUUUGGAUACUCUUGUUAGUAAGAAAUUUCAAGGAAAAUUGUUUUUCCCUAUUUGUGUUUAAUGUCUUUGGGUAAGUUGUGUAUGCAAGUGUGUUUGUGUGUGUGAGAUUGUGUCGGUGUCAUGUGACUUAUAAAGGGGACUGGACUGUGUGCCAGAACACAGCUGUCUGGAAAGGGUCAGCCCAAAGGACAGGUCACUUCUUGAUAAACACCUUGGUUAUUUAUCAGUUUCCAAGUUGAUAUUACAGUUAAAACUCCUGUUACAGUUUUCAGUUCUCAUGUCUAUUGGAAGUGUUCAGAUGCUGUGGGAAAAAAAAUCUGACCUGAAUAUAAAGCUGUAAGGUCAGGAUUUUUCUAUUUACCUCUGAGACUUUGUGAUGUGCCUUCCGUACGGCCGAGUGGUGAGAAAUGUAGCCCCGAGUUCGGUGUCUCCCGCUCUUUGCAGCGGUCAUGUGCUGAGGGCGGAGAGCUUCCGCCCGGCACUGCUCCCUCAGUUGACUCCACACCUUUCCUGAGAACCAUGGAUCUGGUGGGAAGCACCAUCAUCAUUCCCUGGCUAGUUGGUUUCUCAGAACCAGAAUGAUUAGAACAAACAGCCUGUAUGAUGUCCAUUAGAGAAAAGACCAGUGGUUCCUGUACUAGUGUGACCUUGAAAGUUUUGACACUAUAAAACAGACUUCGUUGUUGCUAUUAAGGUACAAGAUGGCUCUCCAGUAAGUGUGCAGCAGCACAGGAAGGUGAACACCGAUUAGCCGAUGACAGAGGACACCUCCCAGUCAUCUUAGAGACAUGGCAUUGUGUUGGCUCACUGCUGAGUUUCUGAAGUCUGAUAGCCAGUGCCACAGUAUCGGGGUUUUGAGAGGCAUCUCUGUACAACAUACAUCAUCUGUGCUGUUAAUCAUAAAAUGGGUGUUUUAGGAACGGGACUGAUUUGUUCAUAAAUGUUCUGAUUUAUUUCGUUAUAUAAAAUAGUGAUACUAAAGGAUAAAGAGUUGAUCAAAUAAUAGAAAAAUUCCUACAUACUUCAAUUUCCAUUUUUCAAAGAAAAUAACAAAUGAACUGCCAUAUUCACUUUGAAAAGAAAUUAGUGGCCAUUUGAACUGUCUGCCAGCAGAGUAUUAAUACUAGUUGAAGAUGGCUUAGUCCUACAGUGCUGUCUAUGGGUUCCAGUGACUCUUAGCUUGAUUGUGGCGUCUACAGUGUCCAGCCUAUGAGUGGGAUUUUAGAAAGGGUGGCGUAGGAAGGGAGCCCUGUCAGUGUCUCAGCCCUUGCAACAGAGGUAUUGAUUUUGUCUUUUCUUCCAUUCUCAGAAUACUAGAACUAGGUAAUGUUUAUAAAGUGCUGAUUCAGGAAACAAGGAAUAGUAUUUAUUUCACCAAAUAGAUGGUCAUGCUGAACUGUGUGCGAAUUCAUCUGUGUCUUUGGAACAGUUUAUCACCGUUAAAGCCCAUGACCGCAGUGCUGCUCUGAGAAAACCUUGUAGUGAAGCUUUGACAUGGAGGUUUGCAUGUGCGUGUUGUCACAUGAUGAACUAGGAUUCUCUGCUUUCUGGUCAGGAGAAAGUACUGGCUUCAGGAAGUACUUAGCUCUUGAUGACAGUACCCAAAGGCAAUAGGAAGGUGUCCAUGUAGUUUUGUUAAUCCCCUGGGUCAGUUCAGAAUGAAGCGCCUUGACUUCACAGUAGAGGGGUGGGUGAUCACGGUGCUGUUGGCAGUCUGUUGCGCACGCUCUUCGGGAAGAGCGAAGGGGUAGACAGAGGCUUGCUAGCAGCGCUGUCCAGGAAGCUUCCUCUAGCAAUCCACGGGUAAAGCCUAGGAAUAGGAAGGGAGCAAAUGCCUUUGCACUGAUCUUGGGUGUUUCUGGCCCGUGCCCAACUUGUGAGCUUUAAGGAUGGUUGGCUUUAAUUCCUUUUGUGUAGAGUGGUUUAUUUCAUUGUUAAUUUAUAACAUGACAAAUGAAGGACAAAGAUUAGCUGUAAAGUGUGUGUUUAUUGUCCUUCUCAAACUGUGUGUAAAUACAGUGAGUGCUCUAGGGAAACUUGUAGUGCCUUAAGUUGAAGGAAAUACAUUUUGACCACAUUGUUUGAACUUGUAGCUAAUGACUUUGCUUCUGAUUAAAAUUUAUGUAAAUAAAGUCUACCCAAACAAAUGCAA